AUGGCUCAAGGGCUUCCUUUCCGCAGCCUUCCCUGGGAGCCAGAAGAAAAUGGCGUCGAUGAGCGGCAGGAUGUUGGAAUGAAGAGCCUCCUGCAGCGGAAGAGACAGGAGGAGUCACAAGUGCCACAGGCGUGUCGGCGCCAGGCACAGGCUCGGAGGGAGGAGGAGCAGCGCCUGGCGCGAGAGGCUGAGGCUGCCGCCGCGGCCGCCGAGGAGGCCCGUCAGGCCGAGGAGGCGGCCCGGAAGGCGGCGGAGGACAGAGCUGAGCAGGACAGAGAAGCACGGAAGAAGGCACUGCAUGAGCGAUUCAAGGGGCUCCUGCAGAAGAAGCGAGGGGAGGAGCUCAACGACUCCGCGCAGGCGGAGGCUUGCCGGCCUGAGGAGGAGCACAUCACUGCCAAGGGGACAGAGGCAAGCCAGGUCGAGGAGGCCUCCCGAAAGUCCGAGGAGAAGGAGCCGCAGGAGGAGGAGGAGGAGGAGCUCCGCGAAGAGCCCGCAGAGGCCCAGGGCUUCAGGAAAUUCCCUUGGAGCUGA